UAGUCUUUAGCACGAGAUUCCAAGCCGGUGAGAGACUGACAGAUUACUUAGCUUAAACAACUUUUAUUGUUUCCCACAAUUUAAUGAAAAUGGAAAGAGUUGGUUAAAGGAAAGGAUGUAAGCAUCCUAAUUCCCAAAGCAAAAAAGCAGAGAGUCCUGAACACCCUGGUAAAAGACAACAUGCCACGUGGAGAUACACAACUGGCUGAAGCUUUUGAACUGGUUUUUUAAAGGUACAAUGCCACUUUCAUGGCUUAUUUUAAUACAAAGAAAAAAAGAAAAAAUAAGACUUCAUUGCUUUAACAAUAUAUUCGGGCGAAGUUUGCUCCCCUCCAUUAUCCCAUAACAAAAAGCAAAAACACAGAUUUCUUUGUUGCAUGUUUCCGUGUCAAAACUAAGAACUUAUUUUCUUCGUUUGUUUUUUUUUCUUCUUUUCCUUCUGUUAUGCCUUAUCGGCUUCCAUGUCCUGUCUUUGUUUUAUAGAGUGAUAAAGAGAGUUUUGCAUGCUUUUGGGGUCUUAACAGAAACCAAGAAAAGAGAUCUUUUUUCUACAUGUUUUUGGUAUUUCAAGAGAGAAAAUCAAAAGGAAGAUAAAAAAAAUUUAAAGGAUUUGAAAAGAUGUUGCAAAGAGCUGCUAGCAAUGCAUAUUCAUGGUGGUGGGCUAGUCAUAUCAGGACAAAGCAGUCCAAAUGGAUGGAACAAAACCUUCAAGAUAUGGAGGAAAAGAUAGCGGCUGUGCUUAAACUUAUUGAAGAAGAUGGAGACUCCUUUGCCAAGAGAGCAGAAAUGUACUACAAAAAGAGGCCAGAACUGAUCUAUUUUGUCGAAGAAUUUUACAGAGCUUACCGUGCCUUAGCUGAUCGGUAUGAUCACAUAUCAACAGAGCUACAAAAUGCAAACAACACAAUUGCUUCUGUUUGUCCUGAGCAAGUCCAGUAUGCAAUAGAUGAUGAAGACCAAUAUGGCUCACCGAGAUUCCCAAAGAAGCCUUCAGAAAACUCGCAAGGCAAUAUCCCCAAGAUUCCGGAGCUUCCCGUCAAAGAUUUGAAGGGUUUAAUAACAUCAGCCACGAAGAAAAUGCAACAUAAGAAACCAACAAAAGCCACUACCGUUGCAGUUCCUAAAUCUGGUUUGACCAAGGCUGAGGGACUGAAGGAGAUUGAUAGGCUUCAGAAACGAAUCCUGGCAUUGCAGACUGAAAAAGAGUUCUCUAAGGGCUCUUAUGAAAGUGGGCUGGCUAAGUACUGGGAAAUUGAUAAUAAGAUCAAAGAAAUGCAAGAGAAAGUUUGCAGUUUGGAAGAUGAAUUUGGUGUAGGUGGGGUUAUUGAAGAUGAUGAGGCUCGAAAUGUGAUGGCUGCAACAGCUCUAAAUUCAUGCAAAGAGACAUUGGCUCAGCUGCAGGAGAAACAGGAGACAUUAGUCAUGGAAGCAGAAGUGGAGCAGAAAAGGAUCAAGGAAGCCAGGGAGAAGCUGGACACCCUCAAGAACAAGUUUCUCUUGAAUGAAGUCAAUCGGGAAAAACCAUCUUCAGGAGAUGAAUCAGGAAUAGCAGCAGCAAAGUCUAAAAGGUUAGAAGAAGCGGGUGAUACUAGCCAAAAGAGAAAGGACAUGGAGUCCUCGAGGGAGAAGAUCAAGGAGCAGUUUGAGGUUGGCCUUGGUGAAUCUUUGACUGUGACAGAGAUGGCGGAGAAGAUUGAUGAACUUGUGAACAAGGUGAUCAACUUGGAAACUGCUGUCUCAUCUCAGACAGCUCUUAUCCAGAGACUAAGAACAGAGACUGAUGAGCUGCAGACACAGAUUAAGACGUUAGAAGAUGAUAAAGCCACACUGAUUGAUGGUAAAAAUGAUUUGAGGAACAAGCUAAGGGAGAUGGAGGAGAAGUUGCAUGAGAUUCAGGAUUUGAACCAGAGUGUUGAAGACCAAAACAAUAAUCUCCAUACUCAUUUUACCGAAGCACAUGGUAAUCUUGAUCACCUUUCAGAGAAAGUACAUAGUACGAUGCCAGAUGAGGAACUCCAAAGAGAGAAGAGCUCUUCUGUGGAAGUCAAAUCAUCAAAGGAGAAGGAGAUCAAAGACAGUGACAAGAUGCCGGAGAAGGUGAAAGCAAGCAAGGAGUUUGAGGUUGCUGAUGCAUCAGAAAGAAAGAACUCUCUAGCUGAAGUCCAAUCUCAAAAAGAGUCUGCAGAAAAAGUUAGAAGGAAUCUGGAUGCAAGUGAUGGCUGCAAAACUCAGAAGAGUGCAAAACAAGAGAUGGUCGUGGUCUCAGGUUCGGUACAGAAAGAAGAGGACUCGCUGUUUAAAGUUGAAUCGCCAAAAGAGUCAAAAGAGAAGGGAGAAAAACUUGAUCACGAUUAUGGUUUUACAAAGGGUGGGGAUGCGAAAUUAGAAGGGAGGGAGGAUCCGAAAGAGCAUGAUUCCGUUACAACUUCUACAAAUGAAGGAGGUGUUAGCCACGAAACUUCUAAGCCUUCAGAGAAAUGUGAAAACCUGAUAGCAGAGGACAAAGUUGAUGAGCGAGCUUCUUCACAGACAGUGGACACUCCUAUGAAAGUUGAAUCAAAAGAACAGGAAAGAGGGGAAGAGGAUGAGCCAGACUGGAAGCAGUUGUUCUUGAAAGGAAUGGAAGACAGAGAGAAGAAUCUAUUGAUGGAAUAUACUACAAUGCUUCGGAACUACAAGGAUACCAAGAAGAAGCUCAUGGAAUUAGAAGCAAAUAACCAGAAUGGCAUGUUUGAGACAAUGUUGCAGCUAAAGGAACUGAAGAGCAGUAAUUCCCUGAAAGAUGAAGAGAUUCGGUCCUUACGUGAGAAACUAAGCCUUUUUCAAACAGGCCUGGGUGAAAACAACAAUACUGAUCAAUAUGUUGAAACUAGAGUAAGUUCUGAGAAAUCAAUAGUUACUGUAACCUCAACAACUCCGCCACCAGAGAAAGAAGUAAAAGAAGACAUUGGAGUGAUGCUAAUUGACCAGUCUCAACCUACUUCAGCAAUUGAAGAGAAGUUCCGGAUGAACAUUGAUGAACUGCUAGAAGAGAACUUGGAUUUCUGGUUCAGAUUCAGCACUGCAUUCCAUGAGGUACAGAAAUUUGAAAAUGGAGUGAAAGAUUUAAUGGCUGAGGUAUCAGAACUUGAGGAAAGACAAAAGCAAGGUGGAAGUAGCCCUUCAAAAUAUUCACUAAAAUCAGAUGUGCGACCGUUAUACAAACACCUGAGAGAAGUACAGAAUGAAUUGACUGUCUGGGUGGAAAAAAGUGUACUACUAAAAGAAGAACUGAAGAACCGAUUUUCAUCUUUGUGUGAGAUUCAAGAAGAAAUAACAAAGGCUUUGAAAGCAAGUGCUGAAGAUGAUGAUUUUAAGUUCACAAGUUACCAAGCAGCGAAAUUCCAAGGUGAGGUUUUGAACAUGAAACAAGAGAAUAACAAAGUUGCAGAUGAACUGCAAGCUGGUUUAGAUCAUGUAACAACACUACAGCUUGAAGUUGAGAGGACUCUGGCAAAGCUGACCGAAGAUUGGGGACUUUCUGGAUCUAAGAGCCGUCAUAGUGGCCAGCUCCAGCACUCAGAUAGUCGGUCUGGAGUUCCUUUGAGUUCAUUUAUCUUUGGUGUCAAACCAAAGAAGCAAAAGACAUCGAUUUUUUCCUGCGUACACCCUGUACUGCAUCGGAAGUACAAUGGUUUAAGAUCAGGAACUAGUAGCAAUAGGUAAAAAGCUUGGUUGCUUG